CUCCGGAGUUAGUGAAGGAUGCAGAUGGGAAUGUUGUGUUGCCAUCCAGCUUCAGUGUUUGUGAUAUCGUAUUCUUACUCAUCUUCUCUAUUGACCUGCAAUCUAUUGAUGCACAUACAGAAGUGGAGCUAGAAACGAGGUCAGAAUGGACUGAAACACCAUUUCCCAUGCCACUUUCGAAAGCAACAUUAAAACUGGAGAUUUGAAAGGGAAUAUUGUCUUUUUUUCUAGCGUUGUAUUAUUCCUUUAGCCAGACUGACAGCCGAUUCACUCUCCGCUUUCAGCAGAUUUGAAGGCGUGGAAACUAUAUAAGCAUGGCAGGCCAUCCUUCUACUACGGUAAUAUUCAGAGAUGUAGCAGUUUAUUUUUCUGAGAAGGAAUGGCAAAAUUUAGAAGAAUGGCAGAGAGAUCUUUACACUGGUGUGAUAAAAGAAAUCCAUGGAAUCUUGAUAUCACUAGGGUUUGUAAUUCUUAAUCCAAAUAAUUUAUUAAGGAUACAGUCAGAAGAAGAACCAUGUUCGAAGAGCUGUCAGAGUGUGCAAAUAAAUGAAAGCAGAGACGUUGCAUCUGAUGGUUCAGUGAAUCCUGACAUUCUGUUAACUGUCCAGCCUGGUGAAAAACAGCAUGUUGCAGAUUCUUUUGGGCAGAACAAGGGAAGAAAUAAUUCAUUUCCUAGCACAAGUAAGUUUAUUGACAAGUUUGGGGAAUACACCGCUAUUAAAGAAGAAGCACAUCUACAACACUAUUCUGUAACACCUACAACUGAGAGAUUGGAUAAUACAAUAAAAUGUUAUCCCAGUAAUGAUCAAGCUGUAUCAAGAAUUAAGCUUGAAGGGCAAUCUUCCAACAGUAAUAGUUUGCAUUUGGAGGUAAAACAUGGCAUCAGAUACGCAGCUGGUAAGUUGAGAAAAUGGAGCAAAAAUCAUGACUCAAAUCUUUGCAAUUUUCUUUUAUUUUUGUUUCUUUUAGGAUAUCCAAUAAUUGAGCCUGUUACUUUAAAAGCUAAACAGAAGGAGCACCCAUCCAACACUGAAAAUAUUGGUUUGAUUGGAAGAAACACUGUUAAUUAUACAGUAGAAGAUGUAACCGUUAACGAGAGAAAACAAGGUACUGAGAGACUCAGCAUAGGAAACAUUUCGGCAAAAAGCAAAGUGAAAGUUCAGUACAGUCUGAAAGAUGGUGGAUUCUGCCAAAGAAUGUUGAGGUCAUCAAUUGUAAACAAGGAUGAAUUAACGCAUAAACUUUACUUAUCAGGAUCUCAAAGGCCAAUAGAACCUGAAAGGAGCUAUAACUGUGUUGAAUGUGGAAAGAGAUUCUCUAAAAUAUCUGAUCUUAGGCUUCAUCAAGCAAGCCACAGAAUGAAAAUGAAACCUUUUAAUGGUUGCAUAAUACAACUCAAAACUAAUCCAAGAGUUCAGGUAGGACAAAAACUGGCCUCUGAGAAUUUUUCUCAUGCAGGUUCAGUCAAAAACAUUUCAGGGGCAAAGUCAGUAACUUGUGUUGUUUAUGACAAAAAUGGCAACGCAAACUCUGUUAUGCAAAGUCAAAAAACACUUAUGAGAGAGAGGCGAUUUAUAUGUAAAUUCUGUGGCAAGCGUUUUCAGAAUAACAGCAAUCUUAUUGGACAUGAACGCAUACAUACAGGAGAGAAACCCUUUGAGUGUCAAGAAUGUGGGAAAACCUUUAGUCAAAAAGCAAAUCUGACCACUCAUCAAAGGCUUCACACUGGAGAAAGGCCGUUUGUUUGUAUAAAUUGUGGAAAAGGCUUUGCACAGAAAAUAAAUCUGCUUACACAUGAGAAAACGCAUACAAAGAAAAGAAAGAAGAUUGAUAACAAAACUGUUAUGAUGAACUGAUUAAUGUCUAUAAGAAUUUUGUUUGUUAGGAAAGCUGUCAGCUACGUCAACCAUAAAGUGCCUGGAACCUGGUUGCUCCUCAUCAGUCUUAUUUUUCAAUAACCUUUCAGAUACAUUUUGGUGCAGGUAAUACAUACUAUUUAGUUUAAGAAUAAUAUAUAUUGACAGGUGCUAAAGAACUGAUGCACAUGGAAGUACCUCAAAAUGAAAAUAUUUUAGCCAAUCUAAAAUAUUUGUUACGUUUUUUAGCCUUACAUAUUAAUUAUAUCUCACUGAUUUGUAUAUAACAGUUGUGUUUCUGAUAUAUCUUGAUUCUAGACCAUUAUUUUAUUAUUAAAAUCUAGAGAAGCCUACGAUUUACUUGUUUUAGAAAUGACAGCAUCUAUAAAUCUGUAGACUUAGAAGAAUUUAUUUAUUUUAUAGUAGUGUUUUAAUGUGUUUGCACAAUGUCCAUGUUUUUGUUUUUUAGUGUACAUGCUAAGCAUCCUAUUACAUUUUUUAAUCUAUAUCAACAGUAGUGCAGUAACAGUCAUAGUGUCAGUUUAUAUUUUAGAAAAUUUGCAGAUACUAAAAAAAUCAUGCCUUAAUGGUAUGAUAUUUGCCAAAGGUCAAGUGUUUUGCUUUAACAUCCUGUGAAAUUAUAACUCUGGAAAACUCCAAAUAAUAGACAACUAAAGGGACAUUAAAUAUUUUUUUUAUGUAUGAAUCAGUAAAAAUGUCUGCAUACAAGAUAAAGGCUUUAAAAAUAAAGCUAUUUUGUAUUCUUUUUCCAACCCAACGGCCUGCCCCUUGAGUAUGUUUACUUUUUAUAUCCUUUGCUUUGAGCAAGAAUCAGGGAAAUUAUUAAUGAGCACCUGAACUGAUCAAGCAUUCACUGUUAAAGCAGUUGCAAUGCCAGGGCUCUUAAGUCUGCAGUAUUCUUUCCAGGCAAAUUAUUACGAAUAAAUACAAUUUUGAGUUUAAUGUCCCUCUUAAUGCCCAACAAUAUAAACUUGAAAAAAAUGAUUUUACAUGCUAGGGAUUGAUAAAGAGUAACCAGUUGUGCCCUGUAAUUUGGCAGGUUUUGUUCAUUUUAAGGUAAUUUAUCGAGAAGUUUAAAUCCCAUUAAGAAUCUUGUAAAUGUUUUUCUUACAAAAAAUAUAGCUGUGGAAAGAACUUGAAGAGAACUUAGAUUGUUCUCUCAUGAAUAGUAUAAAUUGCAAGGCACUAUUGUGCUCAGUGCUGUUAUACAAGAAACAAAUUAAGGAGGAGACAUAGAAAAAAAAAAGUAUAAAUAGCUCUGAUUACCCAGUUCUUAUGGAAAUUCAGUUUGAUUUGAAAUGUUUUGGGCCUAUGGUGCCAUCAUUAGAAUAUGUAGCGAGUAUGACUUUGACAUAAUGAAAGAAAGAUUGAAAGAAUACUCAAAGUUUAAUGAUUCAGGAAUAACAAAUUAAAUCUGUUGGUGUAUUCUGUAAGGUGUUUUUUUUAAUUCAGGGCUGUUUUUCUCCUUUUCUUGAUCUUCCAUUUAGUCUUCGUCAAACUGUAGAGUAGCCACCCCUCUUUGUAGCCUUUUUAGUCUUACAAACAUCUACCAUGUUGUUUUUCUUUUGUAUCCAAUGUCACUCCAACACGCAUGGUUUGUUUUUGUACUGUAAUUUAGUUUUAACCAGUAACCUCAAAAGAAUUUUGCACAUUGUUCCAUAUAAUCCUUUUGUACCUACUUUUUGUUGCAGUCUAGAUGAGGGCUUUACAAACUUAGGAGCCAGGUAUCCACUGGCUCCUAGAAUUUUACCCCUUUCUCCUAAAUCUAUAUAGAAAUGCCACUGUCUGGCUCCUAAAUAUUCUUACUGGCUCAUAAAUUUUAAACAUAUUUGUCAACCACUGAUCUAGAUCAAGAGUAAAAAACAAAUAUAUAUAUUGACAAUAAAAGAAUGUUUUUUAUUCUGCUCCGAAA